AUGGGGAGCCGUGUGGGUGGUAAUGGUUUGAGGGCGCCGGACUCCCGUAUCUUUCCCGCGGGCGGUGGUGCCACUUCACUCGCCUGGUGGCGAUCACAGCAUGCACGCAUGCGCUCGCUGUCGGCAGAAAUCAGUACAAGAAAUGGAGGCUUUGCCCUAGAUGAGAUCGCUUUGCAUACUCGCCAUGGGUGCUGCGAAUUUUGGAUGGGUGGCCCGCUGCUCGCUGCUGCCAUUUCGCAUGAGUUGAUCGACCUUUCUCCUGCGGUAGAGGCGCGCUCGUGUACCCCAAAAUCGUGGGUACAUGCCGUCAAAUUCAGCCCUUUGACUGACUGCCCUCGCACAAGGCUCAAGGCUCUCGCUCUCUGCUGCCCAAUCCAUCACCUCCCCUCUGCUGCAGCGGGCUUACUGACGCUCCCCGUAGAUAUUGACUCAUCUUUGGGAAGAGGUGUUGUCUUCUCUUCGGUGGGCGUCGGCGAGCGUGGAGUUGGAAGGAAAUCGAACCUUUGCCUUUCUAGCAAGCGCAAUCAGGGCCCUGAGGUCUCCAACGAGUAUGAUAAACGAGCCCAAGAAAAACGGCGCGAGCAAAAGUUUUAUCUGCCAUCCCCGUGUAUCGAACAAGAGAUCGAAAUUGACAGGAAACAUCUUGCUGUCGUCCUCCUCUGCUACCACUUUGUAACCUGGAAAAAAUGUGAGGAUGCCGGAAGGAACUUCAAUGAUAAUGCUGUCUUGGGAGAAGAGGGAGAUGAAGACGCUGAAGCUCUUCAAGUGGAGCUUGCCAGUCCCUGGCUUUUCCGCCGAUGGGAUGGGUUGUCCAAAGCUGGCGAUGAGGAGGACAGAGAGUAUCGCAUCAACAAGUCGACGCACGUGACCUUUUGGUCAUCAGCACCUAGCUCAAUUAUACCAGAUUCGGUACUUGACUGCAGAUACCGAAGGCAAGAUCUUGAGUACGGAUCCAUGCUGUCGAAGGAUGUCGAUUAUGAACCUGUAGCCAAGUACCUACCUGUCGAGGGUCAAUCCUCCUCUAGACUAAUACUUCAUGCGAUUCGACGGAGUUCACUAAGAGAAAGCGUUUCUCUUCAGCGUCUCGUUCCUGCAUCCGAGACUCGAUAUGCUAGAAAUAUAUGUUUGUUAUCCGCUUGCUAUGAUGCCAGACCUGGAGAAGCAGCUGGCUCGUCGUCGGAGGAGGAUAGCCGAUACAACCAAAGCGGAUUUUGGAUUCAAAGUCUACGAGACAGCCUUCAUAAUCUCGAUCGUAAGAAGAAGAAGAAAGUCUUGCUCUCAACCACCGUAGAGGGUUCUGGCAUCCUCAAAGAAUCCAUCGCCCAGAUUUCCACGUAA